ACGUUUUUUUUUUUUGAGUGAAUUCUAAAUAUGAAGAAAUUCGAUACGUAAUAUUGGAAUUUUAAAUUGUAGAUUGAACUGACGAUAUUCGUAAUUGUUGCACAAUGUAUAGUCGUUGCUUACAUGAACUCCUCGUUUAAGAAAACUGAAAAUAUUAUGUUAAGUAUCUGUUUUGUUCGAAUGGUAUCGCCGUGUGCAAUAAUGAUCGUGACAGGCUCGUUAUAUUACGUUAUGAUUUUAAUACUUCUUUUUUUAUUUUUUAACUCAAUGUUUUAAAACAUAUUUUUUCGUUUCUUGGAUCUUACAGUGAAGACUCUGUAGAAACAAAUGAAUUGAUUCACUAGAUACACUGUUAGGCAGUUGCAGCACGAUUAAUGGCUCCAGCAGGUCUUACAUAGAAGCUAUAGCUUUGGCAUAUAGGUGGCUCUCACCAUUAUACUUAAAGUGCUUAUAUAUGGCUUGACGCUCUACGCGUACUUUCGCUUCGAAGCUUUUCUUGCAGUCGUUUUUAGGCGCUUAUUUUUGGUCGUUUUCCGGAAUCCAUCAUAUUAACGCGUCAAAGCGUCAGUUGACACUUCCUCGGAGACAUGAAAUCUUUGGGAAUGAAAAUAGAAUUGUAUAUUUUUGAAAAAGCGCGCUCGAAAUUCGAAAGACGCGCCUAUCGACGGUUCCGGGAUACGUAUAAAAUAUUAAUAAAAUAUAAAUUAUAGAAAACGCGAUUCCAAAUGCCUCGUAUACUAAAUUAUCGUACUUGUGCGAGCGUUUAAAUCACAACCGUAUCCGCGUGUUUCAUAUGCGUGAAAAAAAAAGAACUUGCGCUUAAGCGACGCUACCCGUAAGGGAUGCCUCGUAAAUAACCUACUCAAGCUAUUUCUGAUGCCGUAUAUACGUGGAGUUCAAUUAAUAUUCAAAUGCGUAUAUACGUGUGCAGAUAAAUCAACAAAAGUUUGAAUUCGUUCUGCAACUUGAGUUAUGUUGGUGAAAUUGUAGUGCAUAAUUUUAUUUUAUAUGGAAAAUCAAAUUGCAAAAAAAUAAAUAUUAAAACUGCUGCUGUCAACUAUUUCACCGGUCGAAUUAAUGAAGCAGUUCGUCUUGUAAUAGUGUAAUAAACAAUCACAAAAUAUGUCGGCAAACUGCCACAGAGUGAAAUAGUUCAUCGAGACGACAGUGUGUAAGAGUCGAGAACACAGAAUUAACAGGUGCUUUCAUUGCCAUGUAGUACGAAAAUAUGCAUUGUUUCGAUGUGGCAAUCGGUGUAUAAGAAUAGUUUACGAUUCACUACAGUGUCACUAUUUAUUCCAUUGCUGACAUCUGCAGCCAUUGAUUAAAGGAGGGAUGUUGAUAUUGAGUGCCACAAUGGGACGAAAAUCGAAGCGCAAAUCAAAGUCCAACCAAACGCUGAGGUCGCCUCCCUCGAAGGCCGGCCUUCUCAAGAACCACAUCCUCAUCGAGGAUCUCGAGCCGAAAAGCGACAAGCCUAUCCUCAUAACCGAUCGCCUCAGCUUACCGGCCUAUCACAACGACGAUCCCGACGACUACGAUUCCGAACUGCAGCUGGACUUCCAGCCUCGUCCCUACUACGCCAGCAGUCUCUGCUACGUCUGCAGCAAGCCUUGCAAAGCUCCGGACUUUCCCUGCGACGACUGUCGGCUGGUCGUCUAUUGCUCGGCUCAGCAUCGCCAGCAGAACCUCAAGCAGCACAAACAGCUCUGCACCGUGUUGGCCGAGAUCUGCAGGAAGAACAAGGGUCUGUGUCUGGCGAAGAACCUCAACGCCGACGAGUACCGGAGCUUUCGCGUCGAGCUUUUGCAGAUAGUCGAGAACGCCCUGGGCAGGAGGAUGGAACUCUGGGAGCGGGAGGUACUGCUGUAUCCGAGGCUCUGUCGCGUCUGCCACAGUUCGGACGAUCUCAGUAGUUGUCCUGAUUGCCUGAUGGAGUUUUUCUGCAACGGCGACGAGCAGAAGCACCGGGGCGACCAUCGGGAUCACUGCGAAGCUUUCAAAGUCUUCAGGAGCAUCCUCGCUAUGCAGAGGGAGAACGGAUUCGUCGCGCCGAGGAUACCGGAUUUCGUGCUCAACGACGAGCGCGAAUUUCCCGAGAACUUUGACGAACUCAUCAAGGAGAUCUUCGCCUUUGGCUGCGACUACGAGAAGAUCGACUGCGCAUCGUACGCCGCCUUGUCGCAGGCGGCCAGUCCAGCGCUAACUGCUUUUUACGCGCUGCGCAGCUCGCCACAAAAUACGCAAUUCAUGAAUCGAAAGGCACUAAAAAUUCACGUGAUUGGCGCAGAGUUACAGUUUGAGUGUGCCAAUCUUUCUGUCUGGGAAAAGCUGUUUUUGCAUCUAUUGCCCGGCAUUAAAAGUUUAAAGCUUGAAUUCUGCGGACCCGAACUCCAUGUGCCAGCCGAUAUAGCAAGUAUAUUGGAACGACCUCGACUGUGCACAAGUUGCCGAGCAAAAAAUCGAAAAAUCGAUAUCGUUUUUCACUGUGGAAAGCUUUAUCAUCAGGUAGAAAAUGAAAAACCUGAUCUUGUUUGUCUUUUUAACCCAGGAUUGUACAGGACAACUGGAUUUGCUAAUCAGGACACUUGGCCGAAGACGAUCGAGAAGUUUUGCGACUACGGCGUGCCAGUCCUGGUGACCUCCUAUACCGAGGUGGAGCUACCACGCGAUCUGACCCGGCUGCGCGAGCACCGGGACGUCCAGGUCGAGCUCGAGCCGCGCAGGAAUCCAUUCGCAUCGCUCAGACCGGAACGGAACUUCGUAAGCGACGACCUCGCGCCGCUCAUCUACAAGAACUAUUUUCUCAGCGUCGCUAGGGGAAUCCCCGGGAGCCAAAGCGCGCAGUGCAAAUGAAAAGCGCGUCGGCUAAACGAGUAGGGUUAUUUUUGGCCAACUGUCUCUCUGUUCGUGCAUCGUCGGAUCGCACGAGUUUAUACUGGGCACCGAGUGAGCGAGAGAGAGAGAGAGAGAGAGAGAGAUAGAGAGAGAGAGAGAGAGAGAGAGAGAGAGAGAGAGAGAGAGAGAGAGAGAGAGAGAAGAGCAAGUUUGUCUUCGUUAACGGACGGAUGACCCGUCAUUCAUGCGUCUUUCCUUUCUAGGCUUGAUAUAGGUAGCACUGAUGGCUGGCAAGCUUGUUUGCGGUUUUGGACGACUCUGGCCUCAAUGGACUGAGACGCUGCUACUGGUGCGAUGUUUUAUUUUUCAACGAGUCAAUUUAGGCAGUGCGACGGACUUUGCCUUUUUCACACUGUAGGACGAAUCAGUUUAAAGCUCGGGUCUAUGUGGCUUCGAGCUUUGUUUAUGUUUUGAUAUCUUUCAGCAUCCAUGAUUAUUUUACAGACCACCGCUUCAGGUUUUGCUGUGUUACGGGAGAUUGUUGAAUAAAAAUUGUUUUUCUUUCGAAUA